AUGGCCAGUGCAGGCAGCGAUGGGGACUUGCGCCGCGAGAACGACCACCUGCUCCAAGAGGUUGAGCUCUACCGCGGCGUUAUCUCCGUCAUGAAGGAAGACUUGAACGUGAAAGCCGAGCAGAUCGAGCACAUCUACAAGAGCCUCAAAGCGUCCAUGGUGCACAAGGCGCAGACGCUCGAGGCCAACCAAAAGGUGUUGCAGGAUAAAGUGAGCCAUCUCGAGUGCGUCUUGCGAGCCAAGGACAUCAGUUUUGCGCGCUGUCGAAAGCACCUCGAGGAAGCCACAGCGCGGUUGCAGCAGCACGAUCUCCCGUCGCAGCACCAGUCGAUAUGGCUCAUCGACGACGUGGCCCACCGCAUCUUUGGCUACCUCGACAGCGCGAGCUUGUGCGCUGCUGCAGCCGUACAACGGUCGUGGUUUACCUUGAUCAUGGUCGACAGCGUCUGGGAAGCGCUCUACUGGCGUCAAUGGUUGACGCUGCUGCGACCCCAGCCGCCGCCCCUUGAGAACCAAACCUCGGACCACGCGUGGCUCGAUCUGUACCGCGACAGAUACCUUCUCGACAGAAACUGGCGCCUUGGAAAAGCCGUCAUCACAACGCUCUGUGGGCACACCGGUACCGUGACGUGCCUCCAGUUCGACGACAUGCAGCUCAUUUCGGGUUCGGACGAUGGAAGCCUCAUGCUGUGGUCGCUUGCGGCGUCCCGAAGCAAUGCCGAUACAGAUCCAACGGGCCUCGACCGCGUCAGUGCUUUACCCCCUUCCAUGCUGGCGCAGCAACAUCACCGCCAGACGCGAACGGUGCACAAGCUGCACUCGUUUUACGGCCACGGCGGUCCCGUCUGGGCUCUCCACAUGUAUGGCAACCACACGCUGGUGAGCGGCUCGUACGACAAAACCGUCAAGCUCUGGAACCUCCAGACGGGAAGCUGCGUGCGCACGCUUCGCGCCCAUACCGGUUGGGUGAGCAGCCUGGACAUGCACGCUGGCAAGAUCGCCAGCGGCAGCUGGGACUCGUGUAUCAAUCUAUGGGACGCCGACUCGGGCGAGCUCCUCCGAACGCUUUUGGACGUCCCAGCCAACCCGAUCUACUGCCUCAAGUGGGAACCACAAACGAACGCCAUCGUCGCCGGCUGUCGCAGCCACGGCAUCCAAGUCUACGACGUCGAGUCGGGUCAGUGCACACAGACGUUCACCGGCCACGUCCGCGGCAACCAAGUCAACGGAAUCAAAGCCGAUGCCACGACCGUGCUCUCGGGAGGCUCGGACGCGACCGUCAAGCUAUGGGACCGACGGGACAGCUCCUGCACGCACACGCUGCACGGCCACUCGGGGGCUGUCAUGUGUGUUGAGCAGAUCGGCGAUCAUACGGUCGUCUCGGGCUCGUACGAUAUGACCAUCAAAUGCUGGGACGUUCGCCAAUUUGCAGCGCCCGUCACGUCCGUACAAGGCCACUCGUCGGCCGUCUUUGCGCUCCAAGCAGACGCGACCAAGAUCAUCUCGGGGUCGGCCGACACCACCGUCAAGAUCUUCAAUUUCCAUCAUUAA